AGAAGUUGCUGUUACUCGUUAAAUGGCGGUUCAGAGCUUCACUUCCAGCGAAGCACAAACUUCAAAGAACGUUUCUCAUGGCCAUUUCUUUGUAUGGAGAGAGUUUGUGUGGGGAGCUGUUGCGGGGGCUUUUGGGGAAGGAAUGAUGCAUCCAGUAGAUACCAUUAAAACACGAAUUCAAAGUCAAGCUAUUCUAGAUGGAAUUCAGAAUCAGAAGAGCAUAUUGCAGAUGGUGCGAUCUGUUUGGCAGGCUGAUGGAUUAAGAGGCUUUUACAGGGGUGUAAUACCUGGUAUUACUGGGUCUCUUGCAACUGGUGCAACAUAUUUUGGUGUCAUAGAGUCCACUAAAAAGUGGAUUGAGGAUUCACAUCCUAGCCUUAGGGGCCACUGGGCACAUUUCAUUGCUGGAGCUGUUGGAGAUACUCUUGGUUCUUUUGUGUAUGUUCCAUGCGAAGUGAUGAAGCAACGCAUGCAGGUCCAAGGCACAAUUACAUCUUGGAGUUCUCUUGCCACAAGGGAUGGCAUUGCAAUAAAGCCUGGCUCACAAAUAUAUGGUUAUUAUACUGGAAUGUUCCAUGCGGGCUGCUCAAUAUGGAAAACGCAGGGCUUAAAGGGUUUAUAUGCAGGAUAUUUAUCCACACUUGCAAGGGAUGUUCCAUUUGCUGGCCUAAUGGUCAUGUUCUAUGAAGGUUUGAAAGAUGUUACAGAAUAUGGGAAGCAAAGAUGGAUGUCUAACCCAAAUUGGCAUGUUAAUAAUUCAUUUGAGGGACUUGUUUUAGGAGGAUUGGCGGGUGGUCUCAGCGCAUACCUCACCACUCCUUUGGAUGUCGUCAAAACAAGACUGCAGGUGCAGGGUUCAACUAUGAGGUACAAUGGCUGGUUGGAUGCAAUUUGCAAUACAUGGGCUAGGGAAGGCAUGAAGGGAAUGUUUAGGGGUAGCAUCCCUAGGAUUACAUGGUAUAUUCCAGCCUCGGCGCUUACAUUCAUGGCUGUGGAAUUUCUCAGAGAUCAUUUUAAUGAAAGAGUGCCCGGUGAUAAUUUGCGAGAUGUUUCCAGAUUAUCAGUAGACAAUAAGAAAUCCUCUCUGCAGGAGGUUGUUUAGAAGUUCUGGUGAAUCACAUUACUUCCUAUCCUGAUUUUUGCAAAGAUGGGAGGCUGUAUCAUAUCAAAAUUCUUAGACAUGCUCAAUCUACAUUAGAUCCCCAUUGUUGUGAACAUACUACAACAAGGGUAUUAUUUUCAAAAUGCAAACGUAAACUUCAAAUUUGUCUUGGCCGAUUUCUGAUUAUUCAGUUUGGUUCAUCUGUCAAACUAGUGAGUACUGAGUGAGAAUAAUUGUAAAUUUGCCUUGGGGAAUAACAUUAGAUAAUAAGUAGUGGUAUUUGUACAAAUUUGAGUUUACACACACUUCACAUUUUCUCAUUUGAGCCAUUGAAGAAUAUUAUGGUUUCAGUUUGAAUUUUUGAAU